AUGGGAAAAGCCUCUAAAGACAAACGUGACGCCUACUACCGACUAGCCAAGGAACAGAAUUGGCGGGCACGUUCUGCUUUUAAGCUGAUACAGAUUGACGAACAAUUCGAUCUGUUUGCUCAUGCAGAUCCAGAUAGCGUGACACGAGUCGUCGACCUCUGUGCUGCGCCUGGUAGUUGGAGCCAGGUUCUUAGCCGGGUAUUGAUCAAGGGCGAGAGCUUUGGACGCAGAGCAUGGCUGGAGAAGCGUCGUCAAGACAAGAAGGCAUUGGAGCAGCUGAAAAACGAUGGCGAUAAGCCUGAAAUCCAAGGAACUGAAGAUGAUGAGGAAGACGAAUCGAAGAUUCUUAAGCCACGAAAAAACGUGAAAAUAGUUUCAGUUGAUUUGCAGCCCAUGGCUCCGCUGGAGGGAAUAACUACACUAAAAGCCGACAUAACUCACCCGUCGACAAUUCCACUUUUGCUUCGCGCUCUAGACCCAGAUGAAUAUGAUAAAACUCCUCUAGAUCAGCAAAGCUCUGGAUCCUCUCUAUCAUCUCGACACCCGCACCCAGUCGACCUAGUGAUUUCGGAUGGCGCUCCCGAUGUUACAGGUCUCCAUGACUUGGAUAUCUACAUCCAAUCACAGCUAUUAUAUGCCGCCCUGAACCUGGCAAUUGGAGUACUACGUCCCGGUGGUAAAUUUGUUGCUAAAAUUUUCCGAGGUCGUGAUGUCGACCUCCUUUAUGCACAGCUUCGAACUGUGUUCGAGAAGGUCUCUGUUGCUAAGCCACGCAGUAGCCGUGCAAGUAGUCUUGAGGCUUUCGUUGUUUGCGAAGGGUUUAUGCCACCUGAAGACAGUGACCCUAUACAGGCACUCCAAACUCCCAUGUUUGGUGGCGCAGCUACUCCCUUGGCCAACGCAGAUGGUACUGUCGGGGCCGAGGUGCCAGACGGCGAUGAGGAUGAUCAGCAAAUUCGACGUGUUCAACCUGUCACCACGGAUACUACAUAUGCAGAUAUCAAUAGAGUCGUUCAAACACGACUUCUAGAACAGCCUACCAUUGAACAUACGGAGUUCCGCUUCCCACAGGAAUCCCGCUGGAUUCCUUCUUUCAUCGCUUGCGGGGAUCUCUCCGCGUGGGAUUCUGACGCUUCUUAUGCCCUGCCAGAGGGAUAUGUCAGCCUCGAUCCAGUUCAGCCUCCGACAGCACCUCCUUAUAAACGGGCAUUAGAAUUGAGAAAGACACAGGGUGGUGCUUAUGGCAAGACCAAGUUCGGGCAGAUGGGUCGGAUCAAUCAAUAA